AUGAUAUCUCCUAGAUGGAAGCGUCUCGUGCGGUUUAUUGCCGAAGACGAUUGGAGGGAGUACAUCGGAGAGCCGGUUGAUGAGAAUGUGGACGGUAAGGAUACCUGUACUCCGAAAUUUGCCAAGUCGUCUAACACCAGGUUAGUUGGCGCUGCCCUAGCAGCAUCGAUUCCCGUUUUGGCUCGUGUCUUCACCGGAACCUCGGCGCUUGAUGCUUCGGCGGAGCCGACGUCAAGGAUACUCAGUAUUCAAAAGCUCCUGCCGCCUCUGACGCGGAAGGAAACUGGUACCAUCCGGUGCAUCGGCCUCAACUACCGCAAACACGCCAAGGAAAUGAACCUCGACCUCCCAGAACAUCCCACACUCUUCUUCAAGCCAGCAACCUGCCUGAAUGCAUCAAACGCUCCGCUUCUUAUCCCUCAUCAGGCGACCGACCUGCAAGCAGAUUAUGAGGCCGAACUGGCGGUUGUCAUCGGCCGCGACGCAAGGAACGUCAGUGUCGAAGACGCCAUGGAUUAUGUCCUGGGCUACAUGUGCUCCAACGACGUGACGGCAAGAAAACACCAGUUUGCCGGCGCUCAGUGGGGAUUCGGCAAGGGCUUUGACGGCUUCGCACCCAUGGGUCCUUGCAUCGUCAGCGCAAGCAGCCUGCCAGACCCGUCAGUCAUUGAACUGAAAACGGUUCUCAAUGGCGAGGUCAUGCAAGAAGGUAGGGGAGACGAUAUGAUCUUCUCCGUUGCGGAGAUCGUAGCCUAUCUGUCUCAAGGUACGACACUGGAAGCAGGAACGGUAAUUAUGACCGGAACACCUCACGGCAUCGGCGUGAGCAGGACUCCGCCGGUUUUUCUGGUGCCAGGGGACGACCUUCGCAUUGUUAUGAGCCACGGGCUAGGCAGUCUAGUAAACAAGGUGCAAUACGAGGAGAAGCCGCAGAAGCUGGCCAAUGGAGUAAACGGGCAUGUCAAGGCUGUCAAUGGGGUAAAUGGGGUUACGGAAAUCAAGGUUAACGGCGUUGCCUGA